AGCUGUGCAGGGAGGAGCCCUGUCAAUGUUCGCUUUCUGCACAGUCCACCUCACACACUAACAUCCACUGGGAUGCAGUGGGCUGGCACUUCUGUGUGAAACCAGAGCUAGCUGGUUAAAGUUUACACUUCAUAGAACAGGAGAGCUGUGUUACAUUGUAUAUAGAAACUUAGCCAUGGUUCUAAGGAUGAAUGUGGGAUUGUGGACUCUUCUUAAACUUUGCCUCCUGUGCCAGGUGGCAGGCUCAGUGAAUUUCUACCAUCACCGCUAUGAAGACCUGGUCAGAGCCCUUUACAGUGUACAGAAUGAGUGUCCUUAUAUCACCAGGAUAUACAGCAUUGGAAGAAGUGCUCAAGAGAGACAUCUCUAUGUCAUUGAAUUCAGUGAUCAGCCUGGAACCCAUGAACUCUGUAAGUACUGCAGUGACUGAUGUAGAUAUCCACACACAGACAUGGGGGGCACCUGCUUAGAGAAACUGCAAACUCUGUUUAUUUGGACUUAUUUACAAACAAGACCAUAGAAUGUCUCUGCUGCUGCUGUGGGAGUACAUCUCUCUAUGGGGCUAGAGUUGUAGGAGUUGUACUUAAACAGUUUCUAAGAAAACUGUCUGUAAAAGCACUUACUGUAUAAUUGCAGGUCAGUGUUUGUGUGUUCUAAUUAACUCUUUCAUUACAGCAAAUCGAUUGCCUAAGACUGGUGCUGAUGAGGUCAAAUCUAUAAACACACACAUUUGUUUUUUUACAAGGAUAGUAUUUUUUUUUUUUACAUAGUGCCACACCUGUUGUGUUUCACCUGACCUUUCUUUAUGUGUUAUAUGUGAUUAACCGCAGAUUUUCAAAGUGAGAGGAAGCACUGCAUGGAGAGAACGUGUUUUUAUUGAUAAAGGGCCAAAUGUACAGAGACACAUUCUGGGAUGAACUGCUAAAUGAAGAACCCAAUGGAAUAAUCCUGAUUCAACACAGGAUUGCUCUUAAUGCAUGUGUCUCAUUGAGGGGGAUGUGACAAUCACAAGCAGUAGUAACAAGCUGUCAUCAGUAACAUUGUAGAAAUAUUCUGGUUUAAUCCGAAAUUUUAAAAAUUUUUUUACAGAAUGAUAAUUUACUGAUUUUAUGCAAGUUAAGACUUGUGUUUUAGAGGGAAAAGAAAUAGCACAUGACAUGCUAUUUUAUUUGCAGUCAUUUUUGCCCCUUUAUGCGUCAAAUCAUCUUUUAAUCUUCUACUUUUUAGAAUUCUAAAAGAAUAGAUUUAUGGGAAUCUGCAAUGUACAGUUUUAGGAGCAAACGGUUAUGUCAAAAGUUGUAUGGGGGGGUUAUCUGAAUUUAUUAUACCAAUAACGUUGUACUAUGUGCCAAGAGCAAAGUAAUUCAUUGGAAAAUAUUCUAAAAAUUAUAGGUACUGCCUUUGCAUUUAUAGUUUGCCUAGUUAUAAAAAUCGUAUUACCAUCAUGUAAAAAGAGUCCUUUGCUCACAGGAACUCAUGUACUAUGUAUCCAAAUACUUAUGUAAUGGGAUUUACUGAGCUUUAAAGGCCAAUGGUUUUAUUCACUAAACAUUGAACUGCAGUGAUUUGAAAACCUAACUGCAAAAUUCAGAUACAAUAGCCAAGGUGUGAUAAUAGCAGUUCAGCAUUUACUGAAUACAAUCCCAAAACAUGAUCGCUUAAAGGCAACAGUUGGAUCACAAAUCAUUUGAGAUCAAUUGACUUUGAGGACACAGAAUGGGAACAUUUGUUGAGUUAUGCCAUGACUGCCCCAUUCAGACUCCACAUUGGAAAAACAGUAAAUUGUAGCCGGACUUAGCUGAACUCAUCAGCUCACCAUACCCAACAUUAACUUCAUGAAAGUCAAAGUUACAAAGGAUGUAAUGGCUAACCGGAGUGCUAAAAGAGUCACUAAGUUGAAAUGUCAAGUCCACUAAUUUACCAUUUCUCUUCUUGGAUUUCCUAUAAAAAUAAUCAACGUGUAAAUUUAUUCACCCUACUCCAAUUCUUUUCCAUGCUACAUUGAUAUUUACAAGGAUGGAUGGAGGUGCUCAAAACUUGUAUCUCCAUUUACAUACGGUGAAAAAUCACACUGAAUUAUAAUUGGUAUGUCUGUUAGUUCACAGUUUUCCUACAGCUGCUUUAAUGGAAAAAAAGGUUUUUAAAAAAAACUAUCCUUAGAAAAGCAGAUUGGAAUCUACAUGUUUCUAAAUUACUGGCUGUCAGACCAUACAAUGGUGCCUGUUAGUUUUUGUUACAUGAUUUUAAAGGUUGUCUGCUCCCCGUUGAUACCCACUAGCUGAGGAAUUGUUCCUCUAGUAUUGUCAUUGUGUGAAUAUUUGUGCCUGGAGGUGAAAUUGACAAAGCAAUUAAUGCACUCACUACUGUGUCUAUUCUAAUGGUUACCAUUCAUUGCAGUUUGAAACUUGGUUGCAUUCUAUUAUUGAUCAUUGUCAUGCAGACGUCUAGACCAGUGGGUUUCAAAGCAGUUCCCAUGCACCCUCCAAACAGUUGAGGAUUUAGGGAUUUCCCAAUUCUGUUCCAUUUCCAAAGGAAAAACAUUGUGACCCUUGAGGGUGGAAACUGUUUUGAAGGCAAUUGAUGCAUUUUGUGAUUUCAUUCAGAUCCUGAUAUUAACGGACAUGUCUUAAAAUGAAUGAUGUAGUUGUUUUGCUAAUGGGGAUAUCAACUGCAUCCACUAUAAUAACAUGAUUCGUACCAUGAAGUUAUUACCGAAACCCAGCAAGAAGCAAAAAAGAAUUGAAACUGCCUUUGCUCAGGCCAAGGAUCUAUUCUUGAAUGCAUGUAAAGUGGCACAUAGGAUAUGAUUGCUGUCCCACAUUUUUCCCCAGCCUUUGGGAUGUAGCAUUUCUUUACCUCAAAGCCAACACAAUCAUGGAUCUGAAUAUGGUAAACCUGCCUACAGCCUAAGGAACGCGUGCACAGACAAACACACACACAAAAUACAGCUUUAUAUUUUACAAGGCUACUUAAAAUCACCUUUCAUGGCAAACAAAUAUAGGGAUUCAGUUGUACCAUAUGGCUAUAUUGUGUUAAGCCCACCACUAUGUCACAGUACCCCAAUAUCGGUGGGUCCUACACUUAUUUUAACAUGGGAUAUAAACAUGCUGACUGCAAUAAUUACUGUUUAAAUUGCUUCCUGGGACUCUCCUCAAAUGUAUGUAUAUAUGUGGUCACUUCAAAAGGGUACCUAUCGUGGAUGAGUGAGGUGCUCAACACAAAGGGAAUCUUGAAUCUGCCCACAUCAGAAGUGCACAAACCGAGUACUUUUUAAAAGAUCUGUGUUUAUUUAGUCAAAAUGGUAACAUUUUGAUCCACUCAGGCCCUUUAUCAUGCCUCUCUUGAAAGGUAUUUUUUUUUAACUUUUUUUUACUUCUAGGCAGUAGUUUUUUUUAUUUCUUUGAAUAAAAAUACACAAGGGCUAGAUUGCAGGGAGAGAACAGUGUAAGUAGUAGUAGAAAUAACUUGCAAUGGUGCCCUUAUUUCUGUGAUGCUUAUGGUUUUUCCUUCUUCAGAGACAGAAAAUCAUUCCCUGUAGUGCAUAGGGUUCAUGGACUCCUGAUGUGAAAUCCGUUAAUCACAGCCAUGAUCCCCCAAAGGAAGCACUAUAAUCAGAUAAUUGAAAUCCUAUCUAGAGCACAUGAAUUUCACAUGCUGCUGAGCAGCACUUUCAACCCCUGCCUGGUAGAAUGUAGAAUUCCUUUGACACCAUGUAACCAAUGUGCAUCUUGACAGUUUUCUGGUAUCUGAAGGAGUCGUGGCUCUCAGACUAUGACCCACAAUUUGCACUGCACAUCUGAUCCCUUGCACUGUACAUGUGCAAAUACGGUUUGUGAAUCCAGCGGGUAAAAGGACACAGCCUGAACAUUGCAAGAGAGUGCAUAUUAUAAGAUAAAGAAAUUUUAUAGCCUAAUAUUUGAUGCAAUAAUGUAUCCUUCUGUUAGAUUUACUCAAUCUAUUGAUUCUGUGAAUGUGUGGGGGGCUCUUUUAGUAAGAGGGACACACUCCUGGGUAUAUUAAACUACAUUCUGUGGCCAAUGGCAACGUAAUUACUAUUCUCUUCAAGUUAUUUGAUACAUUCUUAGUAUAUGCCCCAGCAGCUACACUUACAAGGAAUGGAGAGAAUACCAGCGUGUUCUCUGGUUGAAGAUGCUAAGAUGCUCCCUUUUUAAAACAAACAAAAAAAAUUUGAAAAUCACAAAUUUACCUCCACUUGCCCAAAAUGUAUUAAGAAGUCUCUCUCCUUCCAUUGAGCUAGGCCCCUGCUAAAUUCUCUGAGGGCUGAAUUGUUCCUGUCAGUCAAAGGGACACUAUAGCACAACUUAACUAGUUUAAUGAAGCAGUUUUGGUGUACAGAUCAUGCCCCCGCAGUCUCGCUGUUCAAUUAUCUUUUAUUUAGGCAUUAAAUUGCUUUGUUUAUGUAGCCCUAGUCAUACCUCCAUGCAUGUGACUUACACAGCCUCCCUAAACACUUCCUGUAAAGAGUCUAAUGUUUUCACUUCCUGUAUUGCAAAUUCUGUUUAAUUUUUAAUUUCUUAUCUCCAGCUCUUAUAGUAGCUUCAUAGACCCUGCAUGAGCUUCCUGUAUGUGAUUAAAGUUUACUUUACAGAGCAGGAGACACAAACUUUUAAAGUAAGUUACAUCUGAUUAAAAAUGAAACAAUUAUUUUCAUGCUGGCUGUGUCAGUCUCAGCCAGGGGAGGAGUGGCUAGGGCUACAUAGAUAGAAAGAAAAGUGAUUUAACUCCUAAACGGGGCAUAAGCUACACUAAAACUACUUCAUUAAGCUAAAGUUGUUUGGUGACUAUAGUGUCCCUUUAACUUUUUUCGUGCAGACCAGGUGGGGCCCAUUCACUAAACAUCCUGUUAUGGCAAGCAGGCCAAAAACACACCCUUUGGUCUAUCCCUCAACUAUUCCUCAACUUUUUUCAAACUUGGUUUAAUGACCUACAUUUGGCAACAUAUUGCAAUAAAUAAGGAUCUGAGGUAAAUAAACAACAGAUGCUAUAAAUAUAGGUAUUUUAUUUUGACAACAAAAGGCAAUUUAAUUAUUUAGCAGAUUAAGUUUGUUUCUCUCAGUUUCAUAGCUAAUCCACAGGGUCACAACUUUCAACUAACGCAUGCUUAAUUUAUUGUUCUCCAGUGGAGCCGGAAUUUAAAUAUGUUGGAAACAUGCAUGGCAACGAGGUGCUGGGAAGGGAGCUACUUAUCCAACUUGCAGAGUUUCUGUGUGAAGAAUAUCGGAAUGGCAAUGAUCGGAUUACCAGGCUAAUCCAGAAUACAAGGAUACAUAUUCUGCCUUCGAUGAAUCCAGAUGGGUAUGAAGUGGCUGCAGAUCAGGUGAUUACAAACCUAAUAUUUGACAUUUGCAAACAUAGUGUGGAUUUGACUCUAUUAAUUGAAUUUAUUUAUUUGGCCAGGAAAAUAACUGGGAAACAAAGUUUCAAUUAUAUUUUCUCACAAUUGAUUUUCUGGCUGGUGCAGUGGGGCUGUAUGCAGUUUGCAAAAUUUAUAAAUAACAUUUUACAUUCUUUAAAGAGACACUCAGUCACAUACAAGUAUAGCGGUCUUGAGCAUGCAGAAAUUACAAUUGAUUAAUAUCCGCAUGAUUAUUUUUAUUCAACGUAGACGACGUUGAUAGACUAAGAUAGCUGAAGAGGGCUGUGGGUGUUGGGAAGAGACCCUUUUUGUCAAGCUAUCCAAAUUGAUUGUGCAGUAUAAAUAAAUUAAAAUAUAUAUAUCAUUUUUAAAGUGUUUCAUGCCCAUAGAUUCUUGGCAGCAUGACAGUGAGCUGUGCUUUUGAUAACCAUGUUUAUGUAUUUGCAUGAAUGGUGCACAUUAAGUUGGUUAGAACCUACUUAUUUGUUUAGUGAUAUACUGCAUUCAUCCUCUGACAUGGGAAGGUUUAGCAUCACGGUUUUAUUUUUUCCUAUUUUAUUACAUUUCUCAUAGAAUGUAUCACUGUUGUGUGGAAUGUUAAGUAUGGUAAAGAGCGAAUUUAAAUGCUUUAUUGACUCUAAAUUUCAGUUGCUAAGAAUCCAUUUUUAUUGUUCAGCACAAGUGUUCAGUUUCCUUUACACUUGGUUAAAGGGACACUCAAGACACCAUAACAAUCUAUUUCCUUGUGUAGGGUAUGGUGUAGGGAGGUCCUCUAUCACUGUGCUCCUUUAUCACUGCAGCAAUUUGCCUCUUAUAAGUCUGCCUCUUUUGUGAUCAACACUAAAGCAGACCUUUUAUAGUUUCCCCGUUUGCCUUCCACAUUGCUUCUCUCUGGUCUGCACAGAAAAUAGGAGCAUCCUCGCUUACACUUGCAGUCGUUUUUUGGGGGGAGAAAGUUGUGCAGAGCCCCACUUCCAAAACAUCUAAAUGGGCCAUUAAAGGAGAUCAUAGACCAGAAAUUGCAGUACAUGCAUGAGAGUACAGAAGUGAUGAGGACUCCUAGUGGAUAAAGAGCAAGGAACUGAAUCAAAUAUCUGCCCAUAGUAUUCCCCGUGGGCCGCUGCACUCCAAAUGGAGAUGUCAUCUUUGGGGACCUUAGUAUAUGUACAGGGUGGGCCAAAAUUCACAGUAGGGUUUGAGAGGUCAAUAACCUUUGUUAAUGAGCCAAUUUCACUGACAUUACAUACAAUGAAUGUUUAGCGUAUGCAGAAUUGUUGGACCAUGUACGGAAGAUGACAUUUUAAAAGAGUUCCAUUUGGAAUCUUUCAAUUGCAUUGUUCAUAACAUUAGUUCAUGUUUGAGGCUCUAGGGCUCGAAUUCAUGCACAGAUAUUCACCUUGAGCAGCUCACAUACAACUGCUCCUUCAGAUAUCCCCACAGGAAGUAAUUGGAAGCUGAAAGGUUUGGUGAACCUUUUAGCUUCCGAUAACUGUACCUGCCACAAAAAAUUGAAUUACUAACAAAUACGUUAUUUACCUUUCAAAUCCUGAUCUUAAAUUUUGCCCACCCUUUAUUUGCAGAGACCUCUAAAAGGUGAAACAGCUGCUUUAAAAUGCAUCUUUUUAAUAUUUUAGAUGAUGUAAAUAUAUAUAUUUUUACUAUAAGGAAUAUGAACGCAGAUUCUUGUUAUGAAAAUUGUCUGAAACACGCACAAUUACAAACUCAGCUGAAAAUAAGUUAUUUUGCUCUAUAAAGAGGAAGAAAUUAUAGCCCUACCAGACUAUAAUCCUUGUGGAUGUUUUGCUGCAAAAUUGGAAAUCCAACAAAAUGUGCUUCUUCGUUUCCAGCACUAAGGGUAACCAAAAUAAAUGUAAUCAAAAUUACAGAGUGAUUUUUUUUGUUUUCAAUUGAAAACUAAAAACAGACGUCCAGUGAAAAACCCCCACUAAUGUUCAUGGCUUUGGAUUGCAUUGAAUGUUUGGUUAUUCUUCACAAUGGCAGACUCAUAUACAAACUCUCCUUUCAAACACAAUUAUUGUGACAUUCUGCAAUCUUGUAAUCUUAUCACACAAGGGACAAUACAUUGUAGGCUAAUGAAGAAACCUAGUCUAAAAAACUGUAAUGGAAGAAAAAUUAAACGUACAACUCAGUUUUUUAUAGGCCUGGAAGAUAUCUGGAUUUUGCUGGUGCACAUACUGCGCACAUAUAUAAUUUUGACUUCAUAUCGUUGUCCUUUUAUGAGGACAAUGAGAUGUGUUUCUGGGUGGCAAAAAGACCAGGGGCUUUAGUCCAAAGGCAAAUUCUAUGUCAUCACCUUUAUUGACCUAUCUUUUAACCAGGAUCUCAGACCUAUAAUUAUGCAUGUCACACCAAGCUUUAUUAAAUUAGCACCCUCAGCAUUAACCUCAAACUAGCAGCACUAAACCUGCACUGCGCUGUAUAAUUAAAAGGGAUAAGGUAAUCGCCAAAACAACUUUAGUGGAAAGGACACUAUAGUCACCAGUACAACUACAACGUAUUGUAGUUGUUCUGGUGAGUAUAGUAUGUCCCAUCAGGCUUUUUAAUGUAAACACUGCCUUUUCAGAGAAAACGGACAGCCACUAGGGGUGGUUCCUGGGGCAGUGCUGCACAGUGUGCUCACUGCAUUGAGACGCUGAACUUUAAAUCAAUGUAUCUCUAUGAGGAAAGUUCAGUGUCUCCAUGCAGAGGGUAGAGACACUGAAUGGCAGUGUUGCUCACUGUGCAGCACUACCCUAGGAAGCACCUCUAGCAGCCAUCUAAGGAGUGACCAGUGGAGGUAUCCCUAGGCUGUAAUGUAAAAACUGCCUUUUCUCUGAAAAUACAUGGUUUCUUAUACUCAUAUAAAUACAAUGAGCUGUCGUUCUGGUGACUCUAGUGUCCAUUUAAUGAAGCAGUUUUGGUGUAUAGAUCAUUCCCCUGCAGUCUGUUUGUUCAAUUCAUUCCCAUUUAGGAGUAAAAUCUCUUCUGUUUCUGCAGUUCUAGCAACACGUCCCCUGGCUGUGACUGACACAGCCCGCAUGAAAAAUUGUUUCAUUUUUAAUCAGAUGUAACUUACUAGAACUCUUUAUCUCCUGCUCUGUAAAUCAAAGUUUGAUCACAAACAGGAGACUCCUGUCAGGCCUAGCAAACUAUUAACAGUGCAGGAGAUUAAAAAUUUGAAAUUAAACAGAAUGUGCAAUAAAGAAAGUGUAAACAUUAGACCUUACUUUACAGGACGUGUUUAGGAAGGCUGUCCAGGUCACAUACAGGGAGGUGUAACUACAGCUGUAUAAACAAAGUGGUUUAACUCCUAAAUGACAGAGAUUUGAGCAGUGAGACUGCAUGGGCAUUGAUUAUACACCAAAACUGCUUACUUAAGCAAAAGUUGUUCUGUUGACUAUGGUGUCCCUUUACCUCCAAAUUACAGUGGCAAUGUCACAAAUUAUUUAACUGGAUAUGAUAUUUUUCAUUCAAUGUUACAUGAGAAUCAGGGCCAACAAUAAUGGUUGCUCGUGUCUCCAGUGUGUGUGAAUUGUGAAAUAUAUAUCUUUGUUAAUAUAUAAUUUUAACAAGAUGCCAUAUCAGUAAACAUCCAUUGCUAAUAUCAGAUUGAUCCCUUCACUUCCACACUUUUUUUCCUGCACAAUGUGGUUUUGAUAGCACUAGGGCCAUGCUUAGGCAACCUUCAACACUCUAGAUGUCUACUACAUAAUGCCAGCAAUAUGACUGUAAUAGCAUUAUGAGAGAUGUAGUCCACAACAUCUGGAGUGCCAAAUCUUACCUACCCCUACGUGACUAGACUGAAUGCAGGGGCUCGUUAUCAGCUGUAUGUAGUAUUUGUAGUGAAACAUCACUCUCUAAAUCCAGUCACGUGACAGAUUUAUAGCUUGAUUAAAUAUGCUGUACUAUGUUCACAAAUGUGCAUUCUCACACACUCAACAGGGACCAGAAACAAACGGGUACCUCACUGGACGUAGCAACAUCAAUGGAGUGGAUCUGAAUCGGAACUUCCCAGAUCUCAAUAUUAUGAUGUAUUACCAUGAAAAGAAUGGCGGACAAAAUCAUCAUAUACCUCUCCCAGACAACUGGAGAAGCCAGGUAGGAUAAAGUUAUCUAAUAUGAAGAAAUGAACAAUUAAAGGUGAUUUUCUAAUUCUUUAUAAGUACAAUUUUUCUAUAUUUUAAGUCUAGGUCUUUCAUUCAUUUUAUUUAUUAUUUGUUUUUUAAAGUAAGCCCAUCAGAGGAAAUGGGUGCUGCUUAGUAUUAACCCAACCUAUUUUUCCGCUCACCCUUAAUACUUACAUACUGGGGGAGGUGCAAGGGCACUCAUAGUACCAUAACCACAACAGUGCUCUGUCAAUAUCUGGCACUCCAGAUCUUGUGCCUGGCAUGAUAAUUUAUCAGCCAAGGUGCCAAGGAUCAAGCAAACAGUCACACCAGCUGGAAUGUCAUGGCUUAUCCAAUAAUUGAAUAAUUGACCAAUGGUAUUUUGUAUAACACACACACACACACAUACAUAUAGAGAAACAUUCAUACAGACACAGCAGUUCCAUUCAUAAAUAAAAGACAGUUGAAGUAUUUGCUUUGAUUUUGUCAAAAAUUACAUUCAUAUAUUUAUAUUUUUACAGAGUUUCCAAUUUCAUUAAACACAGUAAAAAUAAAAAUAAAAAUAAACUACUCUAGUUUAUAAUGUCACCUUUAAGAAGAGAAAACCUUUUAUAUUGCUUAUGAAGUCUUCUUACACCACUACUACAUCUAGCAUCAAAUUUCUCAAAUUUUCCCUUUGUACUUUCGAUAACUUCAAUUAGCUCUUUCUGUACAUAACAUUUAUGCUAUGGUAAUAUUAAUAAAAAAAUUAAAAUAAAAAAACUUAAUAGUUAAUGGGAUACACAAAUUACUUUUACAGGUGGAGCCUGAGACACUGGCAACAAUUGAAUGGAUGAAUAAUUACAAUUUUGUCCUCUCCGCAAACCUGCAUGGUGGGGCUGUAGUUGCUAAUUAUCCGUAUGAUAAAUCCAAAGACUAUAGAGGGAAAGUUUAUAGACUCACUACAGGUCAUACUCCAACACCAGAUGACAAGAUGUUUAAAAAGGUAAGCCAAAUACAAAUCCAUCUAUUCAACAGUGAAAUUAAUAUUUUACAGUGUACCCGUGCUUAAAGGACCACUCUAGGCACCCAGACCACUUCAGCUUAAUGAAGUGGUCUGGGUGCCAGGUCCCUCUAUGUUGAGAAACUGCUAUGUUUAUAAAUGGGUUAAACCAGCCUCCAAAUCCUCUAGUGGCUGUCUCAUUGACAGCCGCUAGAGGCGCUUGCGUGCUUCUCACUGUGAAAAUCACAGUAAGAGCACGCAAGCGUCCAUAAGAAAGCAUUAUGAAUGCUUUCCUAUGAGACCGGCUGAAUGCGUGCGCAGCUCUUCCCGCGCAUGCGCAUUCAGCCCAGGAGGAGGAUCGGAGGCAGAGAGGAGGAGGAGAACUCUCCACCCGGUGCUGUUUAACCCCUUUCCUCGCCAUCCAGCCCGGCGGGAGUAUGUUUUCCUGGCACUAUAGUGGUCCUUUAAGUUGGUGUAAAGUGUACAUUAUGGCACUAGAUGCAAUGAUUUUCUUUAAAUCAAAUUAUUUACAGUUUAGAGGAAUUCAGGCUAUAGUUUGUUUCAAGUGUAUUACUGUUAUGGAAAAUAAAUCCAGUUUUGCAUUAGGUUCUUAUUUCCCUUUUCUGCCAAUAGCAUGUAAGCUUUAUUUUUUGUAAUGCAAAACAAAAUCUAGUCCGUAAAGCCCGACUUACCUUUCUCUUGGUGCCAGUGUGGUUACUUACACUGCAGACAAAUGCAUAUUAUUUUUGCAACAGCUCAAUUCAGUUUCUCGGUAUCUAUGCAAAUUGGGCUAAAUUGAAGCUCACUUUCUAGGAACUUUUGUAGGUCAAAAUUCAUGGCUCCUUUCUGGCCGCCACAAAUAGUGGUAGGAGGGAUCAUACUACAAAGAUUCUUUGCAGGCUGCAAUAGCAGUCUGCAAUGCCUUGUACUGUAGAGAUGCAUAUUAUACCCACAGGGACAUGUUUACAUUAUAAUAAAAUUAGUUAUGGGCAGUAAAGAAAAUAAAAGCUCAACCCAUAACUUACUUUUAGGUAGUUACAAGCUUGUGCUAAAAUCUCAGUUUGGAAUCUAUGUAGGGAUCGACCGAUAUUGAUUUUUUUUAGAGCCAAUACCGAUAAUCUGUGAACUUUCAGGCCGAUAGCUGAAAACUUACCGAUAUUCUGUACAUUUACCGUUUAAAAAAAAAAAAACUAUUUCUACACAAAUCUACUGUUAACUGAACAUGUUUAUUAUUUAGUUUUUGCAAUUUUUUAAUUAAGGUAAAUGCACAAAAUAUACAUGCGAGUCAGAAUAUUUAAUGUUUUCAAGAAUAUAUGUGUGUGUAGUGGAUGCAGUGAGUAUUUGGUUAGUGAAUGCAGUGUGUGUUUGUGUAGUAGAUGCAGUGUGUGUUUGUGUAGUGUGUAUAUAAUGAAUGCAGAGCAUGUGUUUGUGUAGUGUAUAUAUAGUGAAUGCAGUAAGUGUUUGUGUAGUGUGUGUAUCGGGAAUGCAAUGUGUGUUUGUGUAGUGUGUAUAUAAUGAAUGCAGAGCGUUUGUGUAGUGUGUAUAUAAUGAAUGCACAGUGUGUGUGUUUGUGUAGUGUGUAUAUAGCAGUGUGUAGUGUGUAUAUAAUGAAUGCACAGUGUGUGUGUGUGCAUAGUGACAUAGUGCACUUCUACUUCCCUUACCAGCAGCUCCCCUGUCUAACUCUUGCGGCCUGCGUGCCGCGCGGAACGUUGCCAUGGUAACGCUCUGACGGCUGUGGGACUUGCGAGAUUUAGACAGGGGAGCUGAAGGGAGCUGCUGGAAAGGUAAGUAAGAGUGUGCUGCCCUGAUGGCGGCCCUGGUCUGUAUUAUCAUCAAUAUCGGUAUCUUUAUAGGCCGAUACCGCUGAAAAUUCUGAAUAUCAGGCGAUAAUAUCGACCAUACUGAUAAUCGGUCGUUCCCUAAUUCUAUGUGCUUUCAAGGUUUACUCCAUAUAUAAAAUGUACCUACAAUCCUGUGCAGUGUGCGCUGAUGACAUACAUAUUUUUGGCACAUAAUUGACACAGAGAUCCUGGAAUGUGUAAGUCACAUAUGCAGGGGGUGUAAUUAGCCCACAGCACAAAAUAGCUGAUAUCUCUGUAUGUGCAGUAUUUCAAGCAGAAACGCUGCACAUACAGACUCCUACUUCUAUGACCACGUCUAAAAGCAGAAAUGGUCAUGGUGGUUGGAGUAAUCCUUUGAUGUUUAUGUUAAACACUCCAUCACUGGCAUGUCUCCUUUACCUCCCAUCACCCAUAAUCUUCAGAUUUUUAAAACUAUAAAUUUCUAGGAGAUAUGGAAGUGAUCGAGAGUGAAAUAUUUGUUCAGAAUAUUAACAAAACACCCCAGACUGAACAUGAUCCUCCAAUGCAUGCAAAUAAUUACUAUGUGUAUAAGUAAAUAUGUCUAUUUUUCCUAAAUUCCCCUCAUAUUGAGAAAAUUCCCUGGAUCCAUGUGAUAAAUGUAUCCUCGUGAGGAAAGUCAUUGGCGCCAAGAACCCGUGAAGAAUCUAUGUUGAUCAAUAACACAUGACGAUUUGAACAUGUUAAGCUGUAGAGCGUGUAUUUAUUAAUAGUUUUAACUUGUUUGAUACAUGGGAGCUUUUCGUAGUUGACCUUGGUCUUUAUAGGUGUUACUGAUUUCUCACCUUUUUACACAGCUUGCUAAAGCCUAUUCUUAUUCACAUGGUUGGAUGUAUCACGGAUUGAAUUGUGGAGAUUAUUUCCCAGAUGGAAUCACUAAUGGAGCUUCCUGGUAUUCACUAAGCAAAGGUGAGGGCUAAUCCGUGUAAUGAGCAUUCAUUGAGAAAUUGAGCAUUCACCUGGUUGAUUUUUAUAAAAAAAUAACCUCCAGUAUUAUUUCAGGGGAAAAAAACACUUUUAAGGUUAUUAAAAUAUGUAAAUUCUUAGGAAUUCAAAGUGAAUUUAAAAAAAUGUUGGGCAAAAUUUUUAGGAUUCUAUGAUGAAAGUUAUGCAUUUUAAAUACCGCAGAGACCUGAAACGUGAGCUCAAUAAUAAUGGGUUUGUUAACUAAAAAGUUAACUUUGUGGAGAAUCGACAAGGGAAUCCCAAAUUAUAGGAAAAGAAAAAGUAAAAAACAUCUCAAAAGCCCAUCGGGAGAGAAUUAAGCUUUCAUUGUUAAACUAUAAUUUUUGCUAGAAUUGAAGACAUUAUAUAUAUAUAUACACACACACACACACACAAUCCACAGGGGUACCACACUCACAGGCUCCACUAGUUUCUUGUUUAGUAGACAUGGAUCAUCUUAGAUGAUAUUGAAUGCUUAUAUGCUAUUUAAAUACAUUAUUUUUUUUAAUUCUCUCUUUUUUUUACAAUUCUUUAUUUUGGUGGUGCAUUGCAAAGACAUGGUUGGUAUAGAGCAAUUUUGUAAAAUGCAGGUAAAAAGAUUGUACAUUGACAUUGCUAUAACAUGGCACCCUUUUUUAUUUUCAUCAUAAAACAUUUGUGGUAUAUCUGAGAGGGGCUGCAAGAUAAGGGGGUUGUUAGAUGAGGAGAAGCUCUAAGGCGCUCCUUUGCUUUGGGUUUUUAAUAUGCUCGAGGGCCUAUGUUUAGAGGGUUGGAGGGGUUCAGCAUAUUCUAGUUUGUGGAGGUAUGUAGGCAUUCUCCCAUGAGUGUACACACAAAUAAAGUACAGUGACUAAAUAAAGAAAAAAUGGUGUUGCUACAAUCACCAGUGUUGGUUACCCAAACAACACAAAACAAUAGUAAAGCAAUAAAAUAGAUAGGUGAGAGCAAACACACAGGGAAAACACAAUACUGUGUUGCCAUUUACCAACGUUGAAAGUGGUAGUAUUGUGUUUUCCCUGUGUGUUUGCUCUCACCUAUCUAUUUUAUUAUUCUCCCAUGAGUGCCCUAGCGCUAUCCCAUCCAUCUUUCUUCAGCAGGAGGGACCAGAUUUGUCUAUAAAGCAAAGCAAUGCCAUGCAGGACUAUGCUCAUUGGCUGAGAGGAUCAGUUGAAUGCUCUCUAAGCCAAUAAGCAUGGUCCUGCAUCUACUAUGUGCUAUUCUACAGAGACACCUGGCUUCUCCAGCUGGGGCGCUCAGCAGGACCCAGGUAAGUUGCUAAACUAUGAUAAACUAUGCCAGGGCACUCCUAGCACCACAACCGCUUCAUAGGGCUGAAGUGGUUAUGGUGCUUGCAGUGUUCCUUUAAUGCUGAUUAUAUGGAUAUAGUAGAUAUGUUUCCUAUUAUUAGAUAACGGUGAAUACUACACACUCAUGAUAUAAAAAUAUUCCUUACACAACGGGAAAAAAAAUUAAGUGUUUAAUAGAAAUGUAUGUUUCUAAUGUAAAGUGUUUUGGUUGCCAAUUUUGCGUUUGUUUUUUGAUUUUUAUCAUGGUGGGUUUGAAUAACUUUGGUAACAUGGUUCACAGUAGUCUUGGGCAUUAUGCUGUGGUGGUAACUACUUUAAUGAGGAAUUUCUAAUAUUCUUUGUGUGCCCUUCUGUAUUGCAACUCACUACCAAUUUAUAGACGAACGUAGCCAAGAAAGAGAAUUCAUUUUAGACAUUAUGACUUAAAAGGGUUACUCCAAUUAUCAUCAUCAAUAUAGCCUACUGUAGUAGUUCUAAUCUGAGGAGUACCCUGGCCCUUUUCCGCCAUAGCGGGGCAAACGCUUUAGCAAAGGUUUGCCCCCUUGUCUUUGUUCACCCAGGCUCCAAUGCUCCCUGCUGGUCUAGCAACGCACUUACAGAAACCAGGAGCCGCAACCAUCUCCAUACAUUGGAUGAAAGUGUCAGCUGACCACCAAUUAAUGCAAUUCUGUUCUAGAGUUCCGGGCUGGCUUAUGACAUUCCAAUGAUGCUGCCAAGGGUUGAGUUACUCAGAGAGGAUAUACUCCAGGCACCAUGACCCCUUCAAAAUCACUGAUGUGGUCAUAGUAUUUGGCAUAUCCCUUUCAAAUUGUUGAUUCCCUUGUCAGUUCUCCACCGUUGCCAGCUUAAUGAAUAAACCCUAUAAAACCUUGAGCAAGCUGACUAUAUUUAACAUAUUUCUUACACUAUAAAAAUUCUAAGAUUUUUAGAAGCAGUACAUCAACCCUCUACAACAAUUCCUGGCAUUUGAAGUGUGAUUAGGAAAAAAGUAAAGAGAUUUACAGUGAUAAGAAAACACAUUUGUAAAUCUAAAAGGGUGGGCUAUUAUUAUACCAUUACUGAUGUUCUUGAUUAGCUUCAGUGCCAGAGAGAUGAAUUGCAUGCCUUUGUGAAUUAAAUUACUAACACGUGUUAGUCUUCUUUAUCAUAUUUAGCAUGUCUUAAAAGAAAUAAAUGGAUUUUUCACAGUUUACCAGGCGAAAACAAGUCAGAUAUUUCAAACCAUUAAAAGAGAUUACUUCUGUGUCUGUAAAAUAAAUAGCUUGGGCCUCACUCUUAAAUCGGAUUCUUAAAAUAUGUCUACAUUUAAAAAUGAAAAAUAUAUUUGUUCACUUUCAAUUAUUAAUUACAAACACGAGUAUGGUUUAGGUUUUAUGUUUACGUUAAGUUACAGUUCUUACGAUGGGUGUUUGGUUAUUUUUUUAUUAAUGCGUUUUGCUCCAUAAACUCACCCUUUCUGCUCAUCACUCCUAAAAUUUCAAAGGACAAUAAAGGCAUUUUUCAUUAUAGGUGUUGUGUCUAGAUCAGAAGUGGGGAUAUUAGCUUUCACUGUUAAUCUUUUUUAUGCAACUGAAAAUGUAAUUUAAAACAAGAACAGACGUAUCUUAUUUAUACAGAGUGAUUUCUAAGCACAUUUAUGGUAGUUCAUUUAUUGUAGCUUAAAGACACAUCACCAAGAGUUUUAUGGCAUUAAAGCUUUCUUAUAUGCUCAUACACACCAUAUAUUUAAAGCAUUUUAAAAAGAGGGACAGGGGAACCCAACAAAGUGACAGGGGAAAAGGUAAAGUCCUUCCUAAAACUGGAAAAUACACCCUGGACAGGAUAACGGAGUUGUAGUUCAGCUAUUACCUUUCUACACUGGAAAUCAUAGCUGUGCUCAUAAACAUGCUUGUGCAAUAAGCUUGGUAGUGAUAUGGAAUGCAAAGUGAGCACUGUGAUUGGCUGAGUCACUUCCUGGUUUUGGCAGAGCUCGCUGCAGAAUAUGAAGCAAUGGGGAUUUGCAGGAAAUGGGAAACUCUGGUAUAUUUUAAACACAUUAUAUACAAAAGUCAUGAAAAAAAUGGUAAAGCCUGGAGUAUCCUUAUGAGUAAUGAAUAGGUAAGGCAGUGGCUGAGUGACAGGUAACAGAGGAUUGUAGUUAAUGGAAUAUAUGCAAAGCUUGGGCUUGUCACCAGUGGGGUACCUCAGGGAUCUGUACUUGGACCCAUUCUCUUUAAUAUUUUUAUUAGUGAUAUUGCAGAAGGUCUUGAUGGUAAGGUAUGUCUUUUUGCUGAUAAUACUAAGAUAUGUAACAGGGUUGAUGUUCCAGGAGGGAUAAGCCAAAUGGCAAAUGAUUUAGGUAAAGUAGAAAAAUGGUCAGAGUUGUGGCAACUGACAUUUAAUGUGGAUAAGUGCAAUGCAUCUUGGACAUAAAAACCCAAGGGCAGAGUACAGAAUAUUUGAUAGGGUCCUAACCUCAACAUCUGAGUAAAGGGAUUUAGGGGUGAUUAUUUCUGAUGACUUAAAAGUAGGCAGAUAAUGUAAUAGAGCAGGAGGAACUGCUAGCAGAAUGCUUGGUUGUAUAGGGAGAGGUAUUAGCAGUAGAAAGAGGGAAGUGCUCAUGCCAUUGUACAGAACACUGGUGAGACCUCACUUGGAGUAUUGUACACAGUAGUGGAGACCGUAUCUCCAGAAGGAUAUUGAUACUUUAGAGAGAGUUCAGAGAGGGGCUACUAAACUGGUUCAUGGAUUGCAGGAUAAAACUUACAAGAAAAGGUUAAAGGACCACUAUAGUGCCAGGAAAACAUACUCGUUUUCCUGGCACUAUAGUGCCCUGAGGGUGCCCCCACCCUCAGGGACCCCCUCCCGCCCAGCUCUGGAAGGGGAAAGGGUUAAAAACUUACCUUUUUCCAGCUCUGGGCGGGGAGCUCUCUGCCUCCUCUCCCCUCCUCUCGCCUCCGGCGUCGGAUGAAUGCACGCGCGGCAAGAGCUGCGCACAUUCAGCCGUCGCAUAGGAAAGCAUUAUCAAUGCUUUCUGUGGCUGAGUGCUCUCACUGUGAAAAUCACAGUGAGCACGCAAGCGUUUCUAGGUUUUUGGGGAAGGCUUAACAUUGAUAAACAUAGCAGUUUCUCUGAAACUGCAUGUUUAUAAAACAAUGGGUUAACCCUAGCUGGACCUGGCACCCAGACCACUUCAUUAAGCUGAAGUGGUCUGGGUGCCUAGAGUGGUCCUUUAAAGGAACUUAACAUGUAUAGCUUGGAGGAAAGACGAGACAUGGGGAUAUGAUAGAAACAUUUAAAAGCAUAAAGGGAAUCAACACAGUAAAGGAGGAGACUAUAUUUAAAAGAAGAAAAACUACCACAACAAGAGGACAUGGUCUUAAAUUAGAGGGACAAAGGUUUAAAAAUAAUAUCAGGAAGUAUUACUUUACUGAGAGGGUAGUGGAAGCAUGGAAUAGCCUUCCAGCUGAAGUGGUAGAGGUUAACACAGUAAAAGGAGUUUAAGCAUGCAUGGGAUAGGCAUAAGGCUAUCCUAACUAUAAGAUAAGGCCAUUAACUAAUGAAAGUAUUUUAAAAAUUGGGCAGACUAGAUGGGUCAAAUGGUUCUUAUCUGCCGUCACAUUCUAUGUUUCUAUGAGUAAACAGGACCCUGCCUUAGCAUUCAUAUAGCAUAUCCUUUUCUUAUUCUUGUGCUUGGAGUGUUCCUUUUAAAAAAGGAUUCUCUAGGCUGCCGUAUUAUACAUUAAUUAAUUAAGAAUUGUGCAAAAACAAUACUUUGCAGCUUCUGUAAACUUAGCUUACAAAAUGGUGCACAAUUAGUUGUGAUAAAUUGGCACAGCAUCAGGGGCGUAUUAGCCGCAAGGCAAACAAGGCAUUUGCCUUGGGCGGCAUUUUUCAGGGGGCGGCAAAAAACGCCGCCCCCCAAAUGCCCAGGGCAGAUGCCUAGUUAGCCUUGCGGCUAACUGACAUCCCGAGCGGGCGGGCGGCGCUGGCAGGCGGGCGGCGCUGGCAGGCGGGCGGCGCUGGCAGGCGGGCGGCCGGCCGGCGAGGGAGCUCUUCCCAUGAGCUGACUGCUCAGCUCCCUCGCGCACCGCAAAGUGAGGCUGGGAGCCGGAAGAUGACGUCAUCUUCCGGCUCCCAGCCUCACUCUGCAGCCGACGCGCGAGGGAGCUGAGCAGUCAGCUCAUGGGAAGUGCUCCCUCGCCGGCCGGCCGGCCGGCCUGCCAGCGCCGCCCGCCCUGCAGCCACUGGACCACCAGGGAGAGAGACCCCCCCCCCCAGCACUCCCAAAGGUAAGGAGGUUGGGGGGGGAUUUAAAUUUAAAAAAAAGUUAAUGUGUGUGUGUGUGUGUUUGUGUCUGACUGUGUUUGUGUCUGUGUAUGUGUGUGUCUGUGUGUGUUUGUGUGUGUGUUUGUGUCUGACUGUGUGUGUGUGUUUGUGUCUGACUGUGUAUGUGUGUGUGUGUCUGACUGUGUGUGUGUGUGUCUGACUGUGUGUGUGUGUGUCUGAAUGUGUAUGUGUGUUUGUGUCUGACUGUGUAUGUGUUUGACUGUAUGUGUGUGUUUGUGUGUCUGACUGUGUGUGUGUCUGACUGUGUGUGUGUGUGUGUGUGUGUGUCUGACUGUGUAUGUGUGUGUGUUUGUGUCUGACUGUUUGUGUGUGUGUCUGACUGUGUGUGUGUGUGUGUUUGUGUCUGACUGUGUGUGUGUGUGUGUUUGUGUAUGUGUCUGACUGUGUGUGUGUGUAUUUAGAAGGUGGGGCGGGGGGAAGUGUUGGGUGGGGGUGGCGCGGGGGGGAGGGGGGCGCCUGAGUUUUGUCCUGCCUAGGGCAGCACAAAACCAGGAUACACCACUGCACAGCAUGUGUGUCAGAGUUUUAGUUAAAUUAUCCAUUUUUUACUGUAGAAAGACCAGCUCUACUGCAACUCCCCAAAACCUUUCCUUUGCAUCACGAACACCUGUAUUAUUAUUUGUUUUGUUUUUGACCUAUCCUCAUUUGCAACUGUCUUCUAUACAACUUUCGGGUUUUAUUGCAAAACUAAUAGCAGCUCUUUGCAAAUUCAACUAUGUAUUAUGUAAUGCUGACAAGCUACAGUAUAUUUCAAAUUGUUGUUCAGUGUAACCCAGUGAUGUAAUAGAUGUCUGGAUAUUGUAACAGGUAUGCAGGACUUUAAUUACCUUUACACAAACUGCUUUGAAAUCACUUUGGAGCUGAGCUGUAACAAGUUUCCACGACCAGAAGAACUUGAGAGAGAGUGGUUUGGAAACCGUGAAGCUCUCAUCACGUACAUCGAAGAGGUAAAUGCUGUCUAAUGAAUUUCUAAUCUUGUCUGUCUGUACCUGCAUUAGUUAUGUUAAGUAUCCACAGAAGGGCAGCCAGGUUUAGUUAAUAGUAAAGAAUGUUUGGAGAACCUUUUGGAUGAAAGGAUUACAACUAAAACCCAUUUACUAGAAGAGAAGAUACAAUGGAAUCUCUAGUUCCACCAAACUAGUAAAUAACUCCAAGGAUAGUAAAAGAAGUAGAUCUAACACUCCUCAAAGUGAUUCAACAACCACCAAUAAAUCCAUGCUGAAAAUACUCUGUGGGACUAUGAAACUUUGCACAUACAGAGAAAUGCAAUUUCUUUCCCGAGGUUACAUCACCUCCAGCAGAGCCGUAGAGUAAUUAGCCAGCCCAGAAUAAGACUGGCCAAUGUCAAUUCUAUGACAUCCUGGCGUCAGACAGUCAAUGGGUACAUGGCACAUUGACAACUAGGAGAGCGUGGCCUUGGUGCUGGGUUGAGAGGGAAUUUUUCUCCCUAUUUUUUUUAUAGUUUUAAUCAGGGCUAGACAAAUUCCAGGCACCUGGGAUGAGUCCAUCCUCUUUCAACAGAUGCGGCCGAAGGUGAAUGGAGUCCACCCAGCGAGGGAGCAUGCAGGUGGCUCCUAGAAUCCAAGCAAAUUUGUCAAACCCUGGUUUUAAUAAAAAUGUUUUAUCACAAAAUUUUAGUUUAUGACAUUGUAUUAGACAUCAAAUCCCCUCUACAUCAUCAUAAACCUAUACAUACACAUAUGUAGGAAACAACAAGCACCACUUCAAAAGGUCUGACUUUCUUUAAUGCAACGUAAAACUGAGGGUGGGGGGCUGUGGAAACCCUCAACUGAACAAACCUACUGGGUGGGCAUUUAUUGCACAUAGCUUUUUAAAAUCUGCAGUAACAUUGUAAUUGUAUAAUUAAAAUCUCAAUGUUAUUUAAUAUUGCCUUUACACCUAUAAUGCCAAUAAGGAAAAUAAAAAUAGGUGUUGUAACAGAUUGCAGGUUCAAAUCAUGGCAGGGUUGACUCAGCCCUUCAUCCUUCCCAGGUAAAUAAAAUGAGGACCAUUAAAUUCAGUAGUAACCCCUGGAUGUUGGGUUAAGGUGACAUCUCCCAGGAUCUACUUGAAAACCAGAGAAGUCUGAAUGUACCUUUCCUGGUUAAAUACUUUGUUAUUAUUAUUAGGGCAUUAGUUAUAUAGAUCAACCCAAAACAACGUAAUGCACCAUUCAUUGGAUCUAGAACUCAGAUUUAAAUUACAUUUUUCAACUAAUGAAAUGGCUCUAUACAUAAAAAAUUACCCAAAAGCAAAAACAUCCAUGGAAACGCCUAUGGCAAGAGGAAAUUUCUUUCCGGUAAAUUAGGUUGUUACUCCCCCCCCCACCAACCUCUAAGAGUUAUCUGUUUGAGAAUAUAUAUUUACAACAUACAACUAGAACAGGGGAACCAAUAGAGAGUCCAACACUGAGCUUAUACAUCCAUGGCCUGUGCCAAACUCAGGAAACAUUAACUGAACACAGUACAAACCUUGUUGCUUUUUCAGCUUCACCUUCCAUAUUCUGCAGAGCAGCAAACAUCGAACAGACCUGGCUCAGUGAUGCACCUGGUUUUAUAGGCUUUAAAACUGCACUGACGACACUUAGAGACGUGUCACGUAGUAAACUGUAUAAUCAUGCCUUAACAGAGCAGAUCAUUAAUGCCAGAUUAUUAAAGUCAGAUUUAUAUCUGAUAUGGAACCUGUUUAGGACAUACAGUAACGUGGGGAGGCCUAUUACAUGCCAAAGCAAGCUGUCACAGCGCCAACAUGUCUUACACGGAAUGUGACUGCAAAGGAGGCAAUAGACCUAACACACACACACUCCUAUACCUACGUACAUGGAUACAAAACAUAAAUCUAAACAAUGAUUAUUUCGUCCACACACAACAUAUUGUAAAUGUCUCUGAGUGUAUUAACAUUGCUUCUAUUCAUUUAAUUACCUUACCAAUCAAAGGAUGGAGGGGUGGUCAUAUUUCCCAGUUUGCCUUAUUAUACAGAAUAAGGCUUAGAAUAUGCAAUGCAUGUAACGAUGUAAAGUUGUUACAAUUAAACAUUAUUUUGUUUGAUCUACUUUAAACAUUUAAAGUAUGAUGAAUGGGAAAAAAUCCUGAAUCCCAAGGCUCAGAGUGUGUAAACCAAUUAAAUCCGUACAGUAUAUAGAAUACAAACCUGUAUAGUGUCCCUUUAAAUACUUCUAACAUUAUAUCGUUCCUUUAACCAGAAAAGGUGAACUGUAGUCUUUAUUUUUUUUUUGCUUGUUUUACGUAUUAUUGGGGGUUAAAUAUAUUAUUGUCCAUCUUACCAGUACUCAUUAUAUUGAACUUGGAAAGAACAGUCAGAGAGUCAAUGGGUACAUGACUGAGUUAACUUUGUGGAAAUUUGAAAAAUAAUGCAGAGAAACUGCGCCGGGAGCUCUAUACACCAUACUAUCUCAUCAAUAGUAUGCUAUUAACAGUAAAGGUUAUGGAAAGUGUACACAGAUUUAUAUUUUAUAUUUGUUUUAAGUUGAGGGGUCAUCACAGUGAUUCAAAUAGGGAAGACCAUACAUGUAACAUUGCAGAUAUGAGUUGACAAAAUGGCUGCUAUAUCUCAUGAUAUACAUCAUGUGACGUAGGAGGCGUCCACAGUGGCAGAAGAUGUGUAUUUUUUUAAAACUAAAAAUUAAAUGUGUUUACUUAAAUACCCUUGUGAACAGACAGAAAAUUAAGUUUAUCAUAAGAAACAAAAUUGAUUUGGUUUGUCCCAAUUUCAUUUGCAAUUUUUUUGUUUGCAAGCAAAAUUUGACAAGCCAGUGAAAUUUUUAACCUCUCAAUCAUCAUCAUUGCUGCUGAGUGAGGGGUGAAAAACAGAAGCGCUAGUGAGCAUAGCUUUCCACCACUUCCUUCCCAAAAUUCCUCGGGGAGUGGGGGGGCUGAUUAGUACAAUAAUGGGGAGAGCUGGUGUAGUUUUCCUUCUAUGCCCCUCACCCAUUGAAGUCUACUUCAUUCCCCCAAUCUAUUGUGAGAUAGGGGAAUUGUUUUAAUAUUGGGGGAUCGGAUAGCUACCUACAAAUAAAGCAUUGCCUGGACUAAUUCUGUCCAACAAGCAAUUCUGUUUCCAUGUAGUUCGUUUAUAAUUCAAUUUGUUCAUUUGUGUUUCUGACAAAUUAAUGAAUUGCUCUAUAUUCGGUUCAAUUCACAUUUGUCCAAAAACAAAUGCAUGAGAAUGCUUGUAAACAAAAUUGCACAUUUAGUUUUUAUUAUCCAAUCUGGAUAAAUUUUUCAUCUCCGUUUCAGCCAUCAUCAGCCUAACUUUCUACAUCAGUCUAACUUUUGCAAGUGUGUUUUCAGUUUACUACAAGUCACGGUUUAUUGAAUAAACGUCUCCUACAAUGAUUUACAAUUUGUUUCCUGAUUGAUAUUCUAGGUUCACCAGGGAAUUAAAGGCAUUGUAACAGAUGAAAAUAACAAUGGAAUAGCUAAUGCGGUAAUCUCUGUGAGCGGCAUUAAUCACGAUGUCACGUCUGGUAAGUUUAUGUCCCAUUUUAAUUUGGGCAUAGUGAUCCAAUUCAAAAUAAAAUAUGAAAAAAAUAAUUCUAAACUAAUAUAAUAUUAGAGAAAUGCACACACACAUACACACCAGUUGUUGCUGGCCACCAGGAACCAGAUUUGGUCACAGGGCUUUAAUCAAUACUGCAAUAAGGAGCCACAAUCUCUUGAUUACAAUUUUGACUAAAAAUCAGAGAGUGGAGGGGAACAAAAACCAGAUGAGAUGGAUAGGAAAGAACUGGAAAACAAAAAAAGGGCAAGAGGGGAAUAUAAAACUGGAUAAUAAGGUGCACAGAUAGAGGACUGGCAGACGAACAUAGUAAAGAUGGCUGGUGAAGUUUAAAGAUGGUAAGGGACUAGGCGCUAUGCCCAGAAUUUGACUCUACCCAUUGAUUUGCUGGGAUCUACCCAUUUAACCCGAUGUGAUAGAAUCCUUACCCACUGGGAGCUUAUUCCCUGAUUAACACACUUAAAAAUUUACAUAGUGGGAGACAAAAAACAAACAAACAAAAAACACACUUUAAAGAGGUGUAACUCCAUCUUUUGAUGUAGUUAUUAUUAUUGGCAUUUAUAUAGACCCAACUUUUUCCGCAGCACUUUACAAUAUUGUAAAGGGGAAAAUUUUAUAAAUUAGAUAAUUACAAAAUGUUACAGGAAUAAUAGGUUGAGGAGGACAAACAAGCUUAUAAUCUACAAGAGGUGGGAUAUAAAAACAAAACAGCUAGGGCAUUGAGGGGGGUAGCAACCAAGCAAUGAGGUGAGAAAGUAGCAGAAUUGGAAGGUGACAGUGGAGUGGAGAGAGCAAGAGCCAGGCUUAUGAAAGGGCCAGGUUAUUAUUAUUAUUAUUGCCAUUUAUAUAGCGUCAACAGAUUCUGCAGAGCUUUACAAUAUUAUGAGGGGGAGGGGGGUUUAACUAUAAAUAGGACAAUUACAAGAAAACUUACAGGAACGAUAGGUUGAAGAGGACCCUGCUCAAACGAGCUUACAGUCUAUUGGAGCUGGGGUAUAACACACAUUAGGACAGGAAAUAGCAAUCAAAUAAGGUGGGAGUGAAGCAAAGCGGGAGGAGAGAGUAGAGUGCUGCCCUUUAGGAGACAGCAAGAGACAGGUUUUGAAAUAAAAGUUACUCUGGGAGGCCAUAAACUUUUCUGGAGACAUGGGUUUUGAGGGACUUCGUAAAUCAUUUAAGACUGGUGAGAAUCUGAUGGAAGUAGGCAGGUUGUUCAAAAGAAAAGGAGUCUCCUGCAAGAAGCCUUGCAAGCUGAAGUUAGCAGUAAGGGUGCGAGCAGUGGACAGGAGAAGGUCACCUGUAGAUCAUAGAGAUUGAGAAGGGGCAUAACUACGGAUGAGUGAAGAAAUAUAGCAUGGGCUAGAGUGGUUUAGAGCUUUAUAGGUAAGGGUUAGGGUACAGGAAGUCAAUGUAAGGACUGACAGAGGAGCAAGGUGUGAGAGGAGAGACGGGAGAAAGAAAAAUCAGCCUGGUGGCAGCAUUUAUUGCAGCUAUAGUGAGACAGUACAUUUUCUGAGGAGACCAAUUAAUGAAUUACAAUGCAAGAGAUUACAAGAGCAUGAAUAAGUUCCUUGGCAGUAUCUUGUGUAAGAAAUGGGCAGAUGCAAGCAAGGUUUCUAAGGUGGAAAUUGCAGGAUUUGGCAACAGAGUGGACAUUAGGGGCAAAGGAGAGGCCAGAAUCAAAGAUAACGCCAAGACAGCGAACUUGCAUGGAGAGCGAAAGAGGAGGAAAAAUAAAAAGCUCAGUUUUAGAGAGAUUGAGUUUCACAAAGUGGUAGAACAUCCAAUCAGAGAUGGAAGAAAGGCAACAGAUGAUGCUUUCAUGGAGAGCAGCGACGAAAUCAGUGGAGUGGAUAUAUAUGGGUAUCAUUGGCAUACAGGUGGAAGUUAAAUAGAAAGGAAUUAAUAAGUUUGCCAAAAAAAGUAGUAUAAAGAGAAAAUAAAAGGGAACCAAGUGUGGUUGAGAGAGAGACAGGAGCGAAGGGGGAAGAAUUAUUUUCUUAAUUGUUUCCAAUGACAGACCUAGAAAGACAGGACACAGUAAUAUUGUAAGGUGUCUAGGAAAGAAUUAUGGGAAUUAUUGUCUGAUGGGGAUAUUCUCAAAGCUGACCCAGAAUUUGAAAUUUUAAAGAUUCUCCAAGCACCAUGAUCACUUCACUUCCUUUGGUGGAAGGACCCCAUAGGUAUGUGCAGAGCUUCAGUAUGAAAUGCUGCACAGAGAAGUUUAAUGUAGCUGAGGUGUGACUCACUUUCUUUCUAGCCAGUUUAGAAUAAGAGCUUUGGGAUGAUGUUAGACACCUUAUUUUAAGAAAGAAAACACUGAAAAAGGAAUACAGCAAACUGCAUUAUGGAAACAUUACUUUUCUGGAUACGCCAUUCUUAAUUAAUACAUUGAAACUCCCUUAUAACUUGUGUUAACCCUUUUCAUGUGAUGCUCCAUUUUCUUUUACAGGUCUAUUAAAUAUUUAGCAGUCAACAUCACAAUCCAGUUCAGUCUUGGCACAGUCAAAUUAAAGGGACACUAUAGUCACCCAGACCACUUCAGCUCAAUGAAGUGGUCUUGGUGCGAGGUCCCUCAGGUUUUAACCCUUCAGAUGCAAACAUAGCAGUUUCACAGAAACUGCUAUGUUUACAUUUGGGGUUAAGCCAGCCUCUAGUGGCUGUCUUCCGGACAGCCACUAUAGGCGCAUCUCCGACGCUGGAGGCAUAUUAUGCCUCCAUCGCGCAGAGCUUCCAUAGGAAAGCAUUGAGAAAUGCUUUCCUAUGGACACUUUGAAUGCGCGCGCGGCACUUGCCGCGCAUGCGCAUUCGGCUCUGCUGACAUUGGCAGGUGAGGAGAGGUCACCAGCGCCGAGGGAGCCCGGCGCUGGAAUAAGGUAAGCUGCUGAAGGGGUUUUAACCCCUUCAGCACCACGGGAGGGGGGCCCUAAGCUAUGCAUACAUGUCGAAGAUGGUAAGUAUUCCUAAGCUUGUGAAACUGAGAAAGGUAUCUAGACAUGGAUAGUAUAUGAAAGCUAUUGUUAACAUGAUGAAAAAGAUUCUGUUUUAUACUACCUGGUUAUGGCUUGCAUUCAAAGAAAGGGGUAUGAGGAACAAGAAAGUAAUAAUAAAAAUAGAAGGCAGCAGGUCUAGAUAAAGUAAAAACAUAAGAGCAAGACUACAGCUUCGGAGGGACUAAGAAUAGUAAGUCAAGUCCAGUGGCUAAUGAAGAUUGCGAUAUGCCUUUGCCAUUAUCACAGAUGGGUCAGCUGAUGCCCUUCAGUGAUAGAGAUGUUGUGCAGCUUGAAAAAUUUGGGUCAUCUUGCCCUCAGAUCCCUGUGGUGUGCGGUGAGCUUGCGGCACAAGGUAAACGCUAUAUAGCAAAUGCCAAAUCACCCAGUGGCGACCAAGAUAUCCCGCGCUGUUCCAGGAGGAGGCUGUGGCUUAGUAGAACUGCCUCUGCAGGCUAGAAAACUGAAGCUGAAGGAGAUCGGCCACUUCUCCCUUGCCCCGUCCAUGGUAGGCCGCAUCGGGUCUCAAGAGAUACUUGUGGGCAAGGUGUAGUCGCUUAGUUGUCGGGAUAAAUGCCUCAAAAUCAGCUUAAAGUCGGGAGCCCUGGCACCACGUGUCUGCUCCAUUCAGUAGCUAGGCUCCGCCCCCGUCUAGGUCAUAUUUAUCCGCCUCUUUACCCCUUUAGGGGUACUUCCUUGCCUUGAAGCCCUCUCGCUGUAUUCAUCAUGGACAUUUUUAGGUCUUUUUGCACCAUAGGCUAGCCAUCUGAUUGUCCCUAUGCUGUAUAUUCUUAUGAAUGUACACCCUUCUUUCAUGGAUAUUAUAACUUUAUCUUGAGAAUUGGUGUUUAAUAUUUGUAAAAUGGGUGCAUUUACAUGACGUCUGUCCAUUCUUUGAUUUUUACUGCUACGUCAUAUUGUCAUGACAUUGUACCACCCACAAAAAUACAAAAUACAUUUUAAAAAAAAUUGUAAAAAAUACAGGAAAAUGACAGUUCCCUUUAAUUCAUUAUUAAUUGAGCACUUUACUGCACCCAAAAAUGCUUUGCAUUUUUAUAUAAAUCUAUACACUGACAGUCUAUCGAAAAGGUACUCAUUAAAGGGCAAGCAAGGAGAAAAUAAGUUCUAAACCUCGUGUAGCACUGCCAGAAAUAGGUUAUUUAAUUAUUAAAAUGUAAAUCAAACUCAAUAAUUAAAUUUACUGAGAAUUGGAAACACAGAAAAUAACCUACUCUAUCAAUUCCCUUAAAAGGAGAACGUAUGAACAAUAAGCAUGGAAUCACUUAUUUCAUUACUUUUUACAGUUCAGUAGAUUGCAUAAUCACGGAGCUCAGAACAAAAUAAUAUUAAAAAUAGAUCUUUAACCCUCAUCUUCGGCAAACCAACGGUCACCACCAUAUGCUCUCUGAAGUGAGACAAAACUGAAAUUAAAGAGGAAAAAAAAAAUACUAUUUUCUCAGAACACCAAAAAUCCCCUAAUGACAUGGAUGUGAAUCACAUGAAUACAAACCUAAUGCUCAGAAAUGUGUUUAAAGACCCCUUUAAUGAAAAAUUGUUGAUGUGGUAAAUUGCAGAAUUGUCGACUUGGUGAUCAGAAACACUAACAGGGUUAUUUGAUAAAUUGAGAUUACAAAGUGAAUUUCAUAUCUAUUUGAAUAUGUGGCCCUUAAAUUUGAAAUUCACUGGGCGGCCGAGCCAGCACCUGAACGAGCAAGUCGCAGCCUACCUUAGCUCCGAGCGCCGGACUUGAUAAAAUGGAUAUAUUAGAGCCAAAAACUAACCUCUGGGUCCCGAGAGAGGUCCCCUGAGAACCCUAUACCAUGGGGAAAAAGACAAAGACAAAGAAGCACAGAGCAGAUCCCGGCUCCAGAUCAAAAGAUAUUGGCGCUUUUAUGCGCCCGACCCAGUGGCAUGAGCCUGUCAAGAAUGGCGCCGAUUGCAGCCUACACUUCACAGUCGCCGGAUGACGACAGCUUACCUGAUUCAAUACCUGCACCCUCCAAGGUAUAAAGUAUGCCCCAGCAGUCAUAAAACCUAGGAGACGCAGCUCCUUCCACAAAAGCGCUGAUGCAGAAUAUUAAGGCGAUGUUUGACGCCGACAUUGCACUUGUCCGAGGCAAAAUCACUACACUCACUGGUUGCAUGGUGUCUGUGGAGGAGACCCACAGGAGCACCAGAGUGGCACAAACGGCCACAGACGCAACCCUGGGAUCCUUACAAAAACAGUGUGUCACACUGACGGCCCAGCUAGCUAGUUUGGAAGACAAAGCCAAGGCAAGAAACAUGCGGAUUCGGGGGAUACUCGAAACGGUCUCAAACAUGGAACUGCCGCAUUACUGUAGAAGGCUCGUAGCCACUUUAUUGAUACCUAAGCAAGCUAAGCAGAUCGGAAUUGAUUCCUGCUUUUUUUUCCCCAGAGCUACUAAGGCGCACAAGGAUGCACCACCGGAUGUGCUAAUUAAAUUUGUCCUUAUGGGAGCAGCAAGGGGCUCUCCCACGAUCACUUUUGAAGGAACAAGCCUGAUAUUAUAUAGGGGCUUUUCAAGACACACCCUUACAUGGUGCAGAGCCUUCCACCCAGCAGCUUCGGGAGAACUCAAUCCCUUAUAAAUGUGGUCCUCAACGUUUGAUGGCAGAACAUGCCGGCAAGACGCUCCUCCUGAUGCAUAUAUCCGAGGCGCCAACUUUCCUUCAGGCGUUGUGUCUCUCAGCAACAGCAACGACAUUGGAUGCCCGCCCAUCUUGGAAUAUCGCAGAAAUAACUCCCUUUGUGCCCAGAGGAACUGUGCCACAAGUGGCGGACUCCCUAACCUAAGCUUGGCAGUCGCAUACUACUGUAUUACUGUACUUCUUUAUCUUUUCUCACAAUGUUCACACCACAGUACCCAGUUUUGGGCUUUAUGUGCCUGUUUUAUACACCUGGUUUUUAUGUUUUAUAUUUAAAAGUUGCACUCUCUAACCUGGCUCCAUAAGCGGACAGCCAACGACACCAUCUAAGCAAAAUCUCCCCCCCCCCCUUACCCAGAACGUGCUGGGUCCGGACCCUCUAGUUUAAGCACCUCGACACACGUUCGUCUCAUUACCUGGAGCUCCAGACCUUACACAAGAUCACCGCAUUAGGCCUUGGGCAACCACAGGCCAGAAUAUCCAUGCUCUCUUAACCUCCAGUGCGUACACCCAUGUACAGUGUGGAACCCUGCCAUUUUUCAGCAGGGCACACCACGCAUAUUACUUACACCCUACUAGGUAUUAACUUGCACAACCUUUGAUUAAACAUGAGGGGGAUUAGCCUGAUUUACAAAAAACAAAAACAAAACAGGGUGUAAAAAGUACCUGUGCUUUUAUCAGUGUUACAUAAUGGAUAUUUUACUUGUAGUUCAUACAUGUACUUCCUUUAUGCACAUGUCAUAAACUGAUUUUUCUUCUUGAAUACCCACAAAAUAAAGAAUUUUUAAAAAUAAUAAUAAUAAUAAUUUGAAAUUCACGUUGAAUUCUCAAAUUAGUGAAUAAAUCUGAUAGACAGGAAGAAAUCACUAAUUCCUACAGAUACAGUUUACACAGUUUGAAACAAUAAAUUAAGUGAAUGUAACUCUUCCCUACUAAUUCGGUCUAUAUGUGACGAUAUGACCCUGGCAUCUCUGGCACUGAAGGUGUACCAGUUCAGGCAUGCUUUCGUCCCCGAGUUUCUUUUACAUCACCUGCACACUAACCGCACCACUCAGUCCUAGGGCUUAGGUUUCUAGUUUACUAUCUGGUUACUAUAGAAUGUUCUAUGCAUCUAGUCCUCUGACAAUACUCUUAUUAGUAACUAUAUAAACAAGUUGUGUGAACGCUCCUGGUAUAAAAACAUAAUAUGAAUAAGAAUUCAGUAGCAACUAUAGCUUUAAUAAAUUAAAACAUGGACUAGAUACAGUCAAACUCCAAAAGGACAAUAUAUUACUGUAAGGAUUAGAUACUAAUCUACAUAAAGCCUGUGUAUCUGUGUUUCCAAUUCAGGUUUAGAUACAAUCUCUAUCUUAUCUGUUCCUUUUCUACAUUAGUUACACUGUGACUAUAGUUGUUAUUUACGGCAUUAUAGUCUCACAGGCUUUAUGUAGAUCAGUAUCUAAUCCUAAUUUAGAUCAGUAUCUAAUCCUAAUUUUUCUAGUUUUGGAGUUUGAAUGUAUCUAGUCCGUGUUUUAUUUAUUAAAGUUAUAUUUGCUAUUUAAUUCGUAUUCAUGUUAUGUUUUUAUAAAAACAGGAGCACUCACACCACUUGUUUAUAUGAUUUAUUCAUUUUAAGUCACUCAUUUUAUGGUGUUGGACAGCCCAUAUUAAAGGAUCACUAUAGUGUCAGGAAAACAAAGCGGUUUUCCUGACACUAGAGUGCCCUGAGGGUGCCUCCACCCUCAGGGUCCCCCCUCCCUUGGCGCUUUACUUACUUUAAUCCAGUGCCGGGCUCCCUCUGCGCUGGUGACCUCUCCUCCCCAUCCGUCGUCAGUGGAGCCGAAUGCGCAUGCUCCCAUUCAAAGUGUCCAUAGGAAAGCAUUUCUCAAUACUUUCCUAUGGGCUCUCUUCGCGAUGGAAUACGAAAUUCGCAUCCAGCGUCACAGAUGCGCCUCUAGUGGCUGUCCAGAAGACAGCCACUAGAGGCUGGAUUAACCCCAAAUGUAAACAUAGCAGUUUCUCUGAAACUGCUAUGUUUGCAUCGGAAGGAUUAAAACCUGAGGGACCUGGCACCCUGACCACUUCAUUGAGCUGAAGUGGUCUGGGUGACUAUAGUGUCCCUUUAACAGUCUUAUUAGUAACUACACUAAAGAGAACAAUGAACAGCAAUCUACCUGAGAGACCUCAAGGAAGAGACAAACAAGCUUCUUCUUGGCAAUUCUAAAGAAGAUAGUUUAUUGUAGAAAAGGCCAGCAUAUAUAGAUCACAGCGUACAGUAAUACAUAUUGUACAUAUAUUUACACCAAUGAGAAUACAGAACUGGGUAAAUGGAGCACAAAGGAAAUAACUGGUUACAUAGUCAUUCAUUAUGCUAGUUUUUGACCCAUGUGCAAGUCCACUCUGACAACAAAAAGUUAUCUUGAUUGGGCAGGUAGAUAUCUGGACCCCAUCUGUCCACAAGUAGAGAUGCAUAGGAGCCUGCCAUAUUCAAUAUACAACUUAAUGAAGGACAGCAUUGGGGGAAAAAACAUGUGCACUAUAAUAUUAUACCAAGUCCAUUGUAGCAUUACUGCUGUAGGUUCUACAACUGUAUGUGGCAAUAUAGCCAAGCAGACCAAUAGUUGUAGUUUUGGUUUUAAGACAAAUAUAGACUGAGGUAGAUCGAUAAUUUAUGUUUCAAAAGUGAUGUUUGAUUUUCUGCAAAAAACUUUUCUACACCUUAUGCACGGAUUGCAUGAUAAGGGAUAUUACAUCAUCACAAAUGUUUGUGCUUACCAAACUUAUAAGGGAUUACCAAGUAAGUAACAAAAACGCAUACGUAACGGAUAUAUUUCUGAUAUUCCUUUGUAGCAGUAACUUAAAAGCUCUUAAAAUUGUUCAUUCCCAGGUUUGUAUUUUUUAUACAUUUUGUGUUUACAAUAAUAGAAAGAAAAUCAAAUAUUACUUAUAACAAGACAUCAAUGCAACCAAGUGCAGGUAUGAGGCAAAGGGUUAAAUGUGCAGAGACAUUCAAAUGGUUCCUAUGGCGAUUGCCCGUUAUGGAUAUCAAAAUAAAUACCUGGUUUAUAAAUACGGUCCAAAACGUUUUAUACACCAAACCUCACAUUUCAGCAAUCAUGUCAGAUUGCUAAUACUCAGAGGGAGUCUUGGCCACAAUUCUUCUAAACUUGGCAGAUCUGAACAGAUUAGUUUUAGUUCCUCAAAAGUUCCCCAAAGCUCAGUUCAAAGAAAGCCAAGUCUUAUUUAGUUCAAUUUCCAAUUGUCAAGUAAACACGCAAAUGGUUACGAAUGGAAACUGUGACGAGGAUCAUCUCACAACAAAAUAAUUUACAUCAGAUCCAAUAACGAGUAAAUAUACAAAGACAUCCUCAAUAGCUUCUAAAGUCACGUGGAAAAAGAAAUAGGAGAUAAAAAUCCUCAGUGUAUCUGAAGUGCCCAAAAAGUAGAUCCCCAGCUGUUGUAGAAACUACAACACCCAUGAAACCUUGCCAGUCUCAAGUGUGUAAAAGCACUUAUACUUCUUAAACGUCUGUGGGUUUCUCAAUACAAUGUUUGCAGCUAUUAAUAUGAUGCUUAGACACAUUCUAAAAUACAAAUGUAUCUUUUAUGAGGGCAGCCAUAAUACCAUACUAAAUUAUAUAUUUUCCACUGCACAUCUCCUAAUUACCCCAUGCAAAUCUCAUGUUAACCUCCUCUUUCUCCUGCUUUUGCAUUAACCCUACUAAUGCAGUACUUAUACUUACACCUCCUCCCAAACGCUCAAAUUGUUCACUCUGCCAGUUGCCAUUAGCAAGUAUAACUGAGCCCUGGUACGGAAGGCAAACCUUGCCUACUUGUAGGAAGGAAGCUGGUUUUAGUUGUAUGAAGCACAAUCUCAUAUUAUUUUCUAUUCCAAGUCACUGUGGGAGUUUUGGUGAAUGCAUUAAUGUGUAUGUGAGAAAGAGACAGAGAGAGAGAUUUGCUCAUGUCUGUCCCUUUUCCUCUAAUUGUCACUGUCUCCUUUCCCCCCCAUUUUUUUUAUGUUUUCUGUGUUUUGUGAGGCAACCCCUGACUGGCCCUGUACUCUUACAUACCUUUGGCAAGGACUUAAAACCUAUGUAUGUAUGUAGCCAUCACUCAUGGUAUGAAGCGCAGAUUUGGCCAGUUGGAAGGGGUUUUGGUUUGUGUUUUUUUACUGUUCAGUCAUUUGCCUGUUCUUAUUCUUAAUGUUAAACUCUGAUUGAAUACAGGUUUUCUGAUCAAUACGUUGAGUCCUUUAGUUACAAGUACAUGAUAUAGUGCAUCACAGACUUCCUAGUAUCUAAGAUCAGAAGUGGCCGAACUGUAGAGCCUCAGCUAUCAAAGAACCCGGUCACCUACCUCAGACCACCCCUUUAUUAGAGACCUGAAUGUAGGUAGGAAGCGGUGUACUUUGGAACGUGUAUAAAAAAGUUUUACAUUUGUUUUAUUGUGCUAUAAUAUCUACAUGUGCUGGAUUUUUUUGUGUGUGUGUGUGUGUGUGUAGGUAAAGGCGGUGAUUAUUUCCGGUUGUUGUUGCCCGAAACAUACAGCGUGACAGCUUCAGCGGAUGGAUAUUAUGCAAAGACCACAACCGUAACAGUCGGUCCAUCUGAACCAGCAGUGGUAAGUUACAGUAACCUAAAAUUUCUUAAUCCGUGCUCAUCAUUCACUGAAAAAAUUAAAUUGUGAUGGUUAAGUUCAAAACAACUACAUUUCCAGGUUGCUCAGCUGUACCACAGUUUGCUCUCACUGCAAUAAGAAAUAUAAAGAUAGCCUCUAAUUACCAGGCAUGCCUACCAGUGAAGGGCCUCCCUCCAUCUGUUGAUGGGAAUAAUGAUGCUCAGCAAAAAUGAUAUUAGGGCUUACAGUAUGACAUCUAGUGGAAAUAUGCAAGUUUCCUAUUUCUAGCCAACUCUUACUCAAUCAGCUACUGGCAUAUACAUACAAUGCGAUUCCUAUUAUGGCUGGGCUCAUCGUUGACUAAACCCGUGUGAAACCCAUCUAUGGUUAUUGUGGGUUUCAUAACAAAAUGUGUAGGACCAGGGGUGCAACAUGGUAAUAUGUGUGAUAACCAGGCGGUGCCAAGGCAAAGAGGGGAAAGGCUCACACAAUUACCUGAACUUCUGGCAUGUUCUUCUUCGUCUAGGUCUCCAACUCAUAAUAGCUUAAUUUGUCUGGAGCUUCUUUCACAAUGAAACUCUUGUUUAUGCACGAAAUGAUGAAACGGAGGUCUAUGGAAGACCCCACAAUCUAGCACAGCCAGAAUUCCAGAUGGAAACUCAAUAGCUUGCCCUUUGAUAAAUGCCCGCUUAAGUCUCCAAAUAGUUUUUGUUCACUUGUGACAUUACAGAGAGAACUUAUACCAUUGCAUAUCAAAAUGAUCCUACUCAUAAGCAUGAGACAUACAGCAACCCUGGACAAUCGUUCCAACCUUCUUUGGGCCUCGUCUGCAAAAGUGUAGCCAUUAUCCCACUAGGCACAGUGAGCAUGGGGUGUCUUUUGUCCUCUGGAAUCCCACAUAUGAAGACAGACAACUAACAAGCAAAUGCAGCACCAACAUGUCAUUAAAUUAGCCCGCUCUGCACAGAACAAAAACAGGACAUUUAUCUAAUGUGAGAGCUCUUCAGCUGAGCUCUGCACACGGGCUUUCCUGGAAGAGCAUUGAACCAACAUGCUUACUUUUAGGGGGCAUGCUUGUCAUUGAUGGUGACACAACAACCCCUGUUUGUGGCACCGCCUCAUUCCCAUGGGGCCACUGUGAUAAAAAAAAAAAAAAGUGCUAGGUCAAUUUUUUUUCCCCCAGGCGGGCCCUGACUACAUCUAUUCCAGUACAUCUUCCUACAUACACCCUUUAGCAGAUGUACUCCGAAAAUGAGUUGUCAUCUUUCUACAUACACCCUUUAGCAGAUGUACUCCCAAAAUGAGAUGUACUCCCCAAAUGAGUUGUCAUAGCAACUCAUAUGUAUCACACAAAUCUUUUACUGAUGGGUAAAGGCAGAAUAUGGUUACAGAAGCUCUGUCCAUAGAACACCAUGUGAAAAAAAAAAAAAAAUCAGGUCAGACAUUCAAGGGUUUUUCGUCUGCCUUAUGAAAAAGAGACAGUGCUGCUUUAAAUAUUAAUAAUUGUAUGUAAUAUCAAAACUUAUAUUAGUAGCAGCUAUAAUAUUCUGAAAACUAUAAGUAUUAAUUACCACUAAUAAAUUAAAUACAUUAAAAAAGAAAAUGUGCAAAAAAAUACAUAAAUUUUUUUUAAAAAUAAUAUGAAAAAGUAAAAAAUGUUAAACUACACAUUCUGUGUAAGUCUGGCGUUCAUACGUCUAUCUUUCUUCCAGGUUAAUUUCCAACUGAAGCAAGUUAAAGUAUCCAAUUCAAGACGAGAUGAAGCACAUUCCCUUAGAAACAUAAACAAAUUUCAGGGGAGAAAGAUUAUUCCGAGAUCGAUUAACAAAAGGAGAAGACAAUAGAAGAACUAUGAGUCAUCACUUUUGGCAAAUAUUCCCCUCACAUAUUACCUCUUACACUCUGGCACAUCAUUCAUGAACCUGUUAUUCAGUAAUAAUUAUUUUGUUUUAUACUGCUUAGAGAAAGACGUUUUGAUAUCCCUAGUGCCAAAGAAUUUCCAAGGAAUAAAAAAAAGAAAAAUUUUAUAAAAAGCGAUUCCAACACAGAUCUCAUCCUAGGGAUUUCUGAGCAUCAUCAGGAAUGUUGUUUAGACAUUGGGGAGAAUACAGCUUGAAAGGAAGCUAUAAAUUAAAUUAAUUAGGAGUUUUUAGCGUACUUUUCUGGUUUGGGGUAAUAGUAAAAAUGCUAAAGCAACGUUUUUAUUUAAAGACUUUUCAGGGAAGCAUCCAUGUGGUCUUUCUACUAGUCACUCCCCCCAUUGUAUAUGCUAAAACAUUUAUUACAGCCUGUGCCAGAACUACUUGCUGAUAAGGUAUUUUUGGCUUUGGUGUAGUGGUGUGGGGGGCCCCUUGUUCGCAGCUUAGUGUAAACCAGAAUGAAUUUGCUCAGAUUCUUGUGAGGGUGAAUGAAUACACACAGGAUGAUGGAAUACCUACAUUCAUUUCUGUAAUACUGCCAUCGAAGGGUCAAGGGGAUAGUGUUUUCUGUAUGUUCAUGCACACCAGUAGACCAUCAGCAAAACAGGUUGAAGAAAGGUUCGGAGCUGGUGGUUCCUAUGUCCACGUUUGCAGUUAGGCCACAGCUCUUUUCUUCCAUUUUAAAACACCACACAUACAUGCUACCAUGUUCUGGGUAGACAAUCGGGAUUCUCACUGGGAUAUACGUUUUAAGACCUAUCCAAAUUUAACUGUAUGAAUGAUUUGUUUUUACUUCACAUGAAACAUAUGGUACAAAUUCACUUUGCAGCCACUGUAGUGGUCGCUUUCGUAUGAAUCACAUGACACAUAGCACUGUAUCCCUAAAUAUGGCCUUGUACCAUUGCCAAAACACAAGAUGGUCUUCUUUGGUGCUACCUGUUUAUUGCUUAAGAUAUAUACAUAUAUUUACAGAAAAAUUGUUUAAGACAACACUCUUAGCUGGUCAAUAUACUUCCAUCAAGCUGGGAUUACUAAUUUAUCUGGCAUUUUUUUCAGUGCAUCUGGGAAACAUGAAAUUUAAAAUAUUCUUUGACAUUCACUGAUAAAUAAAAAAAUAAGUGUGGGUCAGGCUGGAGAGAUCACUUGACACUAACAGUCACAGAAUUCAAGAUUUGCUUAGUGGCACCCUACAUUCCACAGAGAGAGAGAGAGAGAGAGAGAGUUGUUUAAAUUUCCUUUGAAUAUCAUUUUCACAAGGAACAUAUUGGAUUAAAAGAAAACAAACAAAAAUUAUAUAUAAAACGGCUAAACACGUUUACAGUAAUCAGUACAAUAUACGAUCUGCUGUGUGUAACACGUGUUGCAUAGAUAAGGGGGUAUUGGUUUAACUACUGCUGGGGAUCCACUUUUUGAGCAGUCCUACUCACAGGCACUUAAUUGUGACAAGGAAUAAUUGUCUGAUAUUAAUGGGAGUGUUGGUGAACUACGUCAAGGCCCGUGUUGCAGAAUGUUGAUGCUGUAGACAUUUGAUACAUUUCUUUAUUUCUCCUCCUUAGAAAGUAUAACUCACAGUCAUUAUGUAAAAAUCCACUAGUUAUAAAUCUAUUAUGUAGACUAUAAGAAUUUAUAUUUGAUAAAAAAAUAAAUAAAACAAAUUACAUAAAAUAUUUAAAUUCAGCCUCAAAAGGUAUUAUCAUCUUCCUUCCAUUCAACCAAUAAUUUAUUGAUAUUUUGUUAUUCUUUUUUCAGUAUUCUAUUUCUGUAUUUUUCUUCUCUUUACAAUCACCAGUGUAUUUCAUUAUUUUGUGGUGCUAUAGUCAUUUUGGAACUCAAGCCAAUAUUUACAAAAAAAAAAAAAAAGCUGUAAAUUUAAACUUUUCAUAAGCGAACCAAUAAAAAUAUAUUGUGGUUUCGUUUAUUUUUAA